GUUAAACCAGCUUUCAUUGGGGAAGUGGAAUAUUCUUUGUCGUCGAGCGAACGACCGAUAUUGCCAGUUUGUUACAGGGUACUACAUCGUUUUCAGGUCGAAGUGGCGAAGGAAAUAUAUUGAGAACGGAAAUUUAGUAAAAACAAAGAUGGAGACAGUUCCUUUCUCCCAGAGCUUCAAAGACGACAGAAUGACAACAUGGCGAUUCCUGAGAUACAUGCUGUGCCAACUCCUCCAGCUUUACAAAUAUGAUAAGACCAAAGCUGCAAGAACUCUUCCAGCACUGGACUCAGAAUGGAGGAGACUUUGCAACAAGAGAAAGAGUCGGAAUAUAAAAAUCCGAACGAGGACCAAGGUGGGAUCCGUCGCCGAUUGCGGGACAGGGAUCUCCUCAGGAAGAGAAAGGCUGAAGCAGAAGAGAAGGAAACUAACCAGGUGGAGAGCCAGAGGAAAAGACCAAGGGCUGAGGACAAGAGCAGCACAAAGAAGAGAGGGAGACCCAGGAAGACUGAACCCACUCCGGAGAUAUCUGUCAUUCAGGAAGAGGCAGCAGUGCCUCAGGAAGCUCCUGCAGUAGUGGUGGUGCCUGAACCUGCUGAGGUCAUCCCAGAUCAAACAUCAGGCUCUCUAUCCCCCUUGCUUGCUUUGGAAUCACAACCAGCAUCUGUCCUCGCUGCCCCUGCUCCUCUGCCAGUGUUUGGAUUUGUCCAAAGAUCUGUCUGUGCUCCUAGUCUGACUUCUCCAGCUCCAGUUAGCCUGACUCCAGCCCUUUCCACCCCCUCAGUUCCUGCUCCAUCUCCCACCAAAGUUCUAGAUACGGCUCCGAUCCAUGUCCAAGAUUUGGCUCCAGCUCCAGAUGCUGUUCCAGUUCCAUUCCUGACCCAAGACCCUGUUCUAGCUGCAGCCCCUGCUCCUCCCGCAGCUCCUCCCCAGGUGGGGACUCUCUACAUAGAGUCACAAGGCAGGGAGGCCAUUGACCAGGUCCUGAUUGAGGACUUGGGCCCAGACGAGGAAGAAGACAUUUCUCUAUCUCAAGACAAAAGAGCUGAUGAAGGUAAUAAAGAGGAAAUUUAGACUCCCAGAAGAAUGAAUGGUGUGGAAAUAAAAGCUUGAACAAAACUUUUGAAACAUUGCCUGGUUGAAGGGUUUGAAUUUGUAAAAAUAUUUGUCUUAAUAUUAACUGUAUCCUGUCUGUCUGUCUUUUAAUAGAUUUGAGUGAGACACCGUCGUAUUAUUCUGGUUAGUGUGCAGCCUGUUGGUUGAAGAGAACAAACAUGUUGAGCAUAGGCAUUGCUUAUUUAACAAACGUAUACAUUCAAACCAAACCUGUAUGCUUAUUUAUUCUGGUUUGUGCUUCACUGCGAAGCUCAUGAAUUCGUAUUUGUAUUUUGCAUUUAGUAAACAGCAAAUUGUGCCUACUUUUAUUUAAAAGUAAAUGGUAUUAAAUACUGGUAAUUAUGUAUUUCUAAUUGUCGAUUUAUUUGAUUGAAUUUUGUAAAAGUUGUUUUUCAUCUAAUAAAAUACACUGCUUACAAUCA